UGUCAUAUUUUUCAUAUCAUCACGUCUGGCUGCUGUCAAUGGUAGUUCGAAAAAUUUGCGAUAAUAUAUGUGGUUGAUGAAUGAGAAAUGGAAUUUGAAGUGGUUUAGUUCUAAUCCUUUUUAAAUAUAAUUACAGUAUUUUACGUUGAAUGUUAAAGUGCAAAAUUGGUAAACCAUGCCUUUGGCUAAUACCUCAGAUCCUUGGCGAAUGCAGAAUGUUGGAGAUAACACGCUUGGUACAUCUGCUCAGCCAGCCAAUAGUCUUCCAAUUGUGGUUGAAAACUCAGCCGAGUCUCGGCAGGCAUCAACAACUGAAAGCUUAGAUACAACUGUUGACAUUAGUGAAGAAAGGGAGGUAGAAAUACAAGAUGUAGUAAAGGAAGGUCAUGAGAAGGCAGACCCCUCACAAUUUGAAUUGCUCAAAGUUCUCGGUGAAGGUUCCUUUGGAAAAGUAUUUUUAGUACGAAAAGUUACUGGUGCUGAUGCUGGUACUCUUUACGCCAUGAAGGUACUUAAAAAGGCCACAUUAAAAGUUAGAGACAGAGAACGUACAAAAAUGGAGAGAAAUAUUCUAGUUGAAAUGGGCCAUCCAUUUAUUGUUAAGUUACACUAUGCUUUUCAAACAGCUGGUAAAUUAUAUUUAAUACUGGACUUCCUGCGUGGUGGAGAUUUGUUUUCACGACUCAGUAAAGAGGUAAUGUUUACUGAGGAGGAUGUUAAAUUUUACCUAGCUGAACUAGCAUUAGCAUUAGAACAUGUACACAAGUUGGGAAUAAUAUACAGGGAUCUGAAACCAGAAAACAUUUUAUUAGAUGCUGAUGGCCAUAUAGCACUUACAGACUUUGGCUUAUCAAAACUCCCUCCAACUAGUGAUAAAGCUUAUAGCUUUUGUGGUACUGUGGAAUACAUGGCUCCCGAGGUGGUUAACAGAAGAGGACACACAUUUGCAGCUGACUGGUGGUCCUUUGGUGUACUUAUGUUUGAAAUGCUGACUGGCAAUCUACCGUUCCAUGGUUCGACGCGCCAUGAAACUAUGACCCAGAUAUUAAAAGCGAAACUCGGAAUGCCCUCGAAUCUUAGUGAAGAGGCACAGUCUCUUUUGAGAGCUUUAUUCAAAAGAAACCCGCAGAACAGAUUGGGAGCCGGUGCUAAUGGCAUUGAAGAUAUAAAGAAUCAUGAGUUCUUCGCAAGUAUAGAUUGGGAUGCUUUGUAUAGGAAAGAGGUGGUGCCCCCAUUCAGGCCAGCGGUAUCUAGGGCCGAUGACGCAUUCUACUUUGACUCAGAGUUCACGUGUCGCACGCCCCGAGAUUCACCGGGUGUUCCGGCUUCGGCGAAUGCACAUGAACUCUUCCGCGGUUUCAGUUUCGUCGCGCCUUGUUUACUCAACGAUGAUAACAAGACGGUUACGAAUCAAAAUCAAAAUCAUGUUCCUACGAAUAAUAAAACGUCUACUGAAGAAUUUUGGGCAGGUUUCGUCAAUAGGAAUAAUUUCUUUGACGAAUACAGAUUGAUGGGAGAGUUAGGCACAGGCUCGUUUUCAGUCGUUCGCCUCUGUGAACACAAAACCUCAAGGGUGCAAUAUGCUGUUAAGAUUAUGGACAAACUGCAGUAUGAUCCUCGUGAAGAAAUUGAAAUAUUAUUGAGAUAUAGCCAACACCCUCACAUAAUAACUCUGCGCGGUGUCUACGAGGAAGGUGGUCGGAUCCUUGCAGUGACUGAGCUCUGCCGCGGCGGGGAACUACUCGAGCACAUUACACAGCGUCGCUACUUGCCCGAACAUGAGGCCGCGCCCAUACUGAGAAAUGUUCUUCACGCUAUACACUAUCUUCAUAGACAUACCGUCGUGCAUAGAGACAUAAAACCUUCGAACAUAUUGUUCGCAACUGCAGAGAAAAGGCCUGAGGACAUUCGUCUCGUAGACUUUGGUUUGGCGAAACAGUUGCGCGCUGAGAACGGCCUACUUAUGACGCCAUGUUAUACUGCUAAUUUCGUUGCUCCCGAGGUGCUAAAACGUGCUGGUUAUGAUGCCGCUUGUGAUAUAUGGAGUUUAGGUGUGCUAGCUUAUAUAAUGCUGUCUGGUAGGACACCGUUUGCUUCGACUGGAGAUGAUACCCCUGAAGCGAUUUUAGCAAGAAUCGAAUCCGGAAAGGUGGAGCUAUCGUCGGGUGUAUGGCGCCACGUGUCAGCGGAGGCGCGCGGCUGCGUACGGCGCAUGCUGCAGCUGGAGCCGGCGCAGAGACCGCGCGCCGCGGAGCUGGUCCGCGAGCCCUGGAUCGCCGCGCCACAUCCCCCGCAGCCCGCCGCCCACCCCGCCCCCGACACAGACCCGCCCAGCGACCUGCGGCGAGCUGUCGAUCUUACCUUCCAGGCAAUGACAGCUUCUCCGCUGACACCUCAAGUCCUGGGUCCAGUGUCACAAUCGACUCUCGCGCAGCGUCGUAGUAAACCACAACGACGUUUCCCACCGACACAACUUUAAAAUAAACCCUCAAACAAAUGGUGAAUAUCAAGAAAUCAAUACUGGGUACAUUACGAAUGAUAAUGUAAGUACAUGUUAUGAAGCACAAGCAACUACAGAGGAUCGCAAUGAUCGGUUUUGGGAGUCUAUAAAACAUUAUAAGACUCAAUCACGCCAAAAUCAGAUAAUAUUAAAUCGAAAGUAAUUAAGUAUUAACCGUCUGCACAGUUAAUUUUGUUUUGACUGCUUUUGUGACUGCUAGUAUUAUGCAGAUAAACGAAUGUGAUUGUAAAAGAGUAUUUUAUUUUAUUUCAUUGUUGCAUUGUCAUCGACGGCAAGAUCAUUUAUAGUUAAGACAUUCCAUAUAAUGUCACAAUUAGUUUAGUUGGUGUUGUGGAUAAUAUAAUCCUAUAUUUUCUUUUAUGAGCGAUAUUUUUCUAUUAGGUGUAUUGUACGAUAAAUGAUUAUUAUAUUAUUAAACGUCGAAUCAGCUGCAUUUAAAACCAAUGUGCGUUAAAGAGCUUUACAGUCAUGACCAAUGAAAGUCGUCUUCCUGCAAAGUAUUUAUUGUAGAUGGCGGGUAUAUAGAAGAUUUUGCUUGCCCCACCUGUAUAGCGGCGAAAACUUUGUUGAAAAAAAUAUAUUAUUUAUUUAUUUCGCUGUAUGAAAAAGAAUGUAGAAAUCUGAUCAAACCUGUGUUUAUCUUAUAAUUGUUUAUCUUAGCCCCAACUUUAAUUCUAUGUAUGUAGUGAUUUUUCCUUCAUCAAGCUAUUAAGUCUCGUUGCAUUGCAUAUAAUUUAUUUUAUACUUCUCUGUGCCAUUUAGGUCUCAUUGCUCUAUGUGCAAUAUUAUAUUUGUAAACU